CAUCUUGUUGUUGUGUCCGCUGAGCGUUCAAGGGAGUUGUAGAGGUGUGAGGUGUAGGAGGGUGGGAACUGGGAGCCGAAAAAAGGAUAUUCUCCUUUUCUUUGUCAUUUGCAACUGGAACAGCACCCGGCACUGGGGCGUUCCAUUGAGGAAAGCAGAAGCUAAAUGAGAGCCGCUGGGCAUAAUGUCAGGUGUGUCAGUGAACCAAGGCAAGGGGGACAAGAACUCCAAGUCAAAAUACUCGGCGUUUAAAAUCAACGAUCUUUUUAAGGGCAAGACGGAGAUCCAGCAGCGGAACCCUAUCACCAAGCAUGGCUACCAGAGUUUGGGUAAAGUUGUGUCGACGCGCCGGAUCCCGCCUCCUCCUAACCUGCCUAGCCUGAAAUCGGAGAACUGCGGAAACGACCCGAAUAUCAACCUCGUACCAGCUGGAGGUCAAGGAUGGGGCUCUUCGAAGGAUCAGCCCGGUUCGGGCUCGGAGCCGCCAGCCAAGCCGAGCGCACCGAGCGCCUCGGCGGCGACGCCGGCGCCAGCUGCAGCUGUGCCGCCGCCGACGGUUGUGGCGGCGGCGGGCGCGCCGCCCGCUGUGCCGCCACAGCCGCCCGCCGCGGCCGCCGUCGCGGCGGCUCGUGUCGUCGCACCGCCCUCCUCCGAAAAGUCCUGGAGCAGCGUGACCUCCGGGCCGCCAGACGCCGGGCCCGCGCCCUCCUACUUGGCGCACCAGUCGCCGUACUUCCAGCAGGAGUUUCCGUCGCUGGCGGCGGGCGACGCCGGCGGCGAUGGGGCUGCGCAGAAGAAGCCGAGCUCGGGCCCGACGGUGGCGGCGGCGGCGGCCGACGGGCCGUUCGGGCCCGGCCCCAGCCUGCGGCCCACCACCGAGGGCAGCUGGACGCAGGGCGGCGGCCGGCGGCCGGAGUCGGCCGGCGCCAGUGUCGCGUCUGGCCGGGUGGAGGCCGGCUCGGCCAGCUCGGCCGGCCCGCUACACCCACCUGCGCAGCUGGGCCCGGCCGGCCCGCCCAUGCGACCCAUGGGCCCGCCCAUGAUGGGUCCCGGCGGGCCCAUGCCGCCACCCUACCGCGGCGUGAUGCCGCCGUACAUGAUGCCGCCGCGACCCGGCUUCCCCGGACCGGGCGGCUACCCUCCCAACUACCCAGGCCCGAUGGGGCCGCGCGCGCCCAUGUACCGCGAGCCGCGCGACCGCCCGCCGGCUGACCAUCGGCCCAUCAUCAAGGCCGAGGACCUGAAGAGUUUCGACGAGAUCGCCAACAAGCGCGACGACGGCUGGGCCGGCACCACGGCCGAGGUCGACUACAAUAAGAAGCUGACCUUCUCGGAUGACGAGAGCGAGCCGGAUGACGAGCGUCGCGGCCGGGGUGGUGGCGGCGCGUCACGCGGCCGGGACCGGCUGCCGUCUGACGAGUUGCGCGCCGAGCCGGGCCGGGGCGGUCCGCCGCCGCGCGGGCCCGCCCCGCCGCACUGGGCUGGCCGCGGUCCUGGCGGUCCGCUGCCGUUCGACUACCGACCGCCGCCGCAUCCAGGCUUCAUGCCGCCACACAUGCGCAUGCGCGGCGGAAUGCCGGGCUACAUGCCGGGCAUGCGUCCGCCGGGCCGUGGCGAGGACGAGGAGACAUGGAAGCGGCGCCAGUCGGAGGAGGUGACCGUGGCAGUGGAGCGUGCCCGCCAGCGCCGCCAGCAGGAGGAGGCGCGCUACGAGCGGAGUCAGCUGGUGCGAUCGGGCAGCCGCGACGAGGCGCCGCCGCCGGCCGACGAGGAGCGCGCCGGCCGCGUCGGCGGUGACGGCGAGCGGCGCCCGCCGGCCGCUAAGGAGGACGUGCCGCCGCAGUUCUCGCGCCAGUUCCAGUCUUGUCUGCCGCCGCGCUUCAAGCGCCAGCAGUCGGGCGGCGCCCCGCCAGCCGCAGGCGGCUACCGCGGCGGCGGCGGCGGCGGCGGCGGAUACGGAGCCGACGGCCGUUGGGCCGGCUACGAGGAGCGGCCGCCGAGCCGCGACGCCGAGCGUCGGCCGCCGCGGCCGCCGGCCGACUACUACGAGUCGCGGGAUGACGGGCCGCACGAGCCGCGCCACCGGGACGGCGAGCACGGCCGCCGCGGCCGCCACGACGACUACCGCGGCCGGCGCAGCAACAGCUCGACAGAGGCCGACAGGCAGGGGCCGAACACGGCUGUCCAGAGGGACCCCUUUGAGGAGCGCGCGGAGCGCGGCAAGGCCGAAGAGCCGAAGAAGACCGAUUCUUUCGACUAUGCGGCCGAGGAGUACGACUACGGCGCUUCUUGGGCCGACCAGCUGGAGAGCGAGGUGCAGUCGCAGCAAAAGGAGCCCGCUGCGAAGCCGGCCGAAAAGACGGAGCCGGUGGCCGAGGCAACGGCCAGCGACUGGCGCUGGGAGCGGUCCGAGCGGCGCGGCGGCGACGCCGAGAAGAGCUGGCGCCACGGCAAGCAGCGCGACCAGGACGGCGAGCGGACCGACGCUCACGGUGACAGGCGCGACGCGCACGAGAAACGCGUCCCACACGAGAAACGAGACGUCUAUGAGAAACUCGACUCACACGGGGACAGACGUAACAGCACGGAUAGACGUGACACCCACGGAGAUAGACGGGAUGCCCAUGGGGAUCGACGAGAUACCCAUGGGGAUCGACGCGAUGCCCAUGGGGAUCGACGAGAUACCCAUGGAGAUCGACGGGAUACCCAUGGAGAUCGACGGGAUACCCAUGGGGAUCGACGCAGCAGUCACGAGCGGCGCGACAACCACGAGCGGCGGGAGCAUCGCCAUCACGGGCCGACGCCACUCACCCGGGAGAAGCUGGAGGCAGCAGAGCGCGAACGGAACCCGAGCGCCGGCAUGACGGCGCUCAAACAGGCGCCCGUCAAGCUGCCGCUGACGCUGGCCGUCAAGGCGCCUGAGGAGGGUGCCGACUGCGACGACCGGCCAGCUGUGCCCGUCAAGAACGCCUGGGCGGCGCGGGAGGAGUCUCGCCUGUCUCCGCCUAGUGCGGGCGCCGAGUCUGCCGCGCCGAGUGUCCCGACUCAGGCCCCGUCUGCGGCGGCGGCGGCGGCGACCGCAGCCGCGAAUGCGACUGCGACCGCGAUCACGACCACGAUCACGAUCGCGCCAGCCGGCGACGCUGUCAAGGAGGGCUCGCCGGUUCCCAGGGCGCCCACUCCGGCGUCAAUGCCAAGCCAGGAUUCAACUCCAACCCCGGCGGCUCCAGCUGCAACCACCGCCACCACCGUUCCCGCCCCUGAGCCAACGGCUUCGGCUCUGGCUCCGGCUCCAGCUCCAGCUGCGGCUCCUCCUGUGGCGGCGGCGGCGGCGGCAGAGGGUAGCGCCCCGGAACGGCCUGCCGAGCGACGUGAGCGCGGUGCCGGCCGCGGCGCGCGCCACGAAGGCGGCGGCGAGGGCCGUGCGCCACGCCACGAAGGCGGCGGCGAGGGCCGUGGCCCGCGCCACGAAGGCGGCGGCGAGGGCCGCGGCCCGCGCCAUGAAGGCGGCGGCGAGGGCGGCCGGCGUGGCCUGGCCGUGUACAGGGACCGCGGCCGCGGCGGCCGCUACACCGGCAGGGGCGGCCGCGGAGGGGGUCGCGGUGCCUGGGAAGGUGACCGGUACGCCGGCCAGUCCCAGACCGGCUACGAGUAUGAGAAGAAGGAGAGGAGACAAAGACGUGAUGACCGGAACAGCGAGAAGACGGAGCGCUACGACAAAUAUGAGCGCUACGAGCGGCGCGACCGGCCCGACCGUCGUCAGGAGCGCGCCGAUAAGGAGGGCCGGCCCCGCCGCCAGGACGGUGGCGAGCCGGGCAAGGGCCGCGACCAGAAGGCGACGCGUGACGGUGAGCGGCGCGGGCCGCGUGGUGAGCCCGCUCGCGACGGCGGCGAGGCUGCUAAGAGCGCGUCUGCGCCCGCGACGUCGGCGACGGCCACGGCUGACACUAAGAGACCAACGGACGAGGCCAAGCCCGAAAACGACGACGCCGCUGCCACCAAACCGGAGAAGGACGAGGCCAGUGCGGCGGAGGAGCCACGGAGGCCUCCGGCCGGGGAGAACGGCAUGGCUGACCGGGAGAGGGUGGCGACGGCCGAGGAGGCGGCACCGCCUGCGCCCGCCACCAGCCGGGACAAGCGGCCGCCGCGGGAUGAGACGGAGGAGCGCGCGCCGGCCGGCCGCGGUGGGUAUGUGCCGCGCGGCGAGCCGUCCCGCCGUGGCCGCGGAGGCUAUGAAGGCGGUCGCGGUGGUUACGAGGGUGGCCGGUACCGAGAGGGCGGCCGUGGCCGGCGCGAGUACCGCUCGCAGCGCACGUACCCGCCCGCUGACGAGCAGAACGGCGACGGCAAGGCGGUCAAGUGGUCCAACCGCUACGACCAAGUGCCCCCGCGGUUCCAGCGGCAUCGCGACGAGCAGGAGGGCGGAGCGGGCCGCGGCCGCGGCGCCUACCGUGGCCGUGGUGCGCGCGGCGGCGGCGGACGCGUGGGCGGCGCUGCACCGUCCGCAGCUUCCAACGAGCAGUCUGUGGCCGAGCCAGGCGCCGGCCGGCCGACUUAUGCCAAACAGACCUCGGAGCAGACGAACGAGGACGGUGAGUGGGAGACCGCUUCAGAGAGUAGCAACCCGGACGGCCGACGCGCCAGCCGCACCGCCACUAACAAGGAGAACCGUGGCGGCGGUGGCGGCGGCGGCGGCCGCAAGACCUUCUCCGGGCAGCGGCCGGCCGAACAGCAGCGGCGGGAGCGGCGCGGCGGCGGGGAGACGGGCCGCCGCGGCGGCUCGAGCGCCCCGCUGGCCGCCGGCGACAAGCCGGGCAAGGUGGCCGACGUCGCCGGAACGACAGUGGGACGCGUGGACGAGAUUAAGCUGAGCGAUGUGGCCGGGGCGCAGCAAGCACUGAGCGACGUGUCCAGCAAGAAGGCGACAGGGGCCGAGAAGGCCACAGAGAAGAACAAGAACGGCUUCGAGAACUACGAUCUGAACUCGGGCAGUGUGGUGAUCGUGGACGACCACCCUGAGGUUUCUGAGGACCAGUUCCAGGAGGCGGAGGGCUUCCAGGAAGUGCUCAGCAAAAAGACGGCCAAGGAGCGGCAGAAGGCCCUUCUGGAAGAGCAACUUAAGGCGCAGAAACGCGAAGAGCGUGCGGCGCGGCGUGCUGCAGAGCGAGAGGUGGGAGUAGCGCGCGGCAAGCAGUAUGAACGCUCCCGACAGAGCAAGCUGCCGCCGCGCCUGGCCAAGCAGCGCGAGAAUAGCCGGCUGCAGAAGCAGUCGGCCGAGCCGCUGCCAGCUGCCACCAGCCUGGUUAACGCGCUACCCGAGGCUGACGCCGACUCGUCGGUCGGCCUAUUCGGCAUCAAGGGGUCGAUCCCGGCGCCGGUGCCGGCCGUCAACGCCUGGGACAAGCCGAUCACGGCGACGCUGCGCGGCGGCCCGGGCUCGGCCCACCUCAGCAGUGUGGACCCGGCCGCGCCCAGCCAACUGUUCGACGCUGGCGACGUGUCGGCCGUGGCGGGCUUCGCUUCCGACCGCAAGUCCGGCCUCGACGCCGCCAGCUUCGACGGUGCCAGCGUGCCGACCAAGACAAUGAUCUUCGAGAACACUAACUUCAAGAACAGUGGUAGCGCGCCCAAGCUGGCUGCCACGCACCGCGCUGACGCCGGCAAGCAAAUGGAGGCGGAGAAGCGCUCCAAGCCUGGCCCCAUCGAGCUGCCGCUCAUGUUCAAGAACGAUGACACGCGCGAGAUGAAGCUGGAGUUCACCUUUGAUUCAGACUUACCACUGCUGGCCGAGAAGGCGAUGGUGACGCAGCCGGCGUCGCACGCCGCCGCCGCCAUGUCGCCCGGCACGGCUGACCUCAACAUGAAAAUAGCCUCGGUGAAGAAGGUGUGGGACACGCCGGCCGUGCCGGUGCUGGCCGACCACCACGCCGAGGACCUGGUGAGCAGUGGCGGCGGCGGUGGCGGCGCUGCCGCCGCCGUCGCCGCCAGCGCUGGCGCUGACCCUACCGCCGACAAGGAGGCGCCGGCCGUGGCCGACUGGUCUGACAAGCCGGGCGCCUCGCUGGCCUUCCCGUCGGGCGCGGCCAAGGCGGCUCCCGCCGACGUUUCCGCCGCGUCGACGAACGUGUGCAAGGUGAAGCCGCAGCAGCUGCACAGUGCGGCAUCGGUGUUCUCGCCGGCGCCGCGGCUGCCCGCCGGCGGCGUGUUCCAGCCGGCGGCGCCGCUGGGCGGCAUCUCGGCCAUCCCGUCGCCUCCGGCCGGUGUGCUGUUCGGCUCGAGCCAGCCGCUGCAGUCGCAGACGCCCGGCCUGUACCAGCCUUUCCAGCUGGAGACGGCGGCCCCGCUGAUGGGCCAGCGCCAGCCGUCGCAGUAUUCGCAGUUCGCGUAUGGCGUGGGCAACAACUCGUACAGCCAGCAGUCGCUGCUGAUGCAGACGCCGCCUCCUAACCACGGGCCGACGGCUGACCUGCUGUCGCAGUACCGGCUGCCGCAGACCAAUCCUUACGGCCAGACGGCUCACCACUCGGCCGGCCAGAACCCGCUGCUUAUCAGCAGCUCGACCUCGCUGAUGUCGGCCGGCGUCAAGCCGUCGGGCUCGCCGCAGCAGGCGCCGUCGGCCGCGCCUGGCCAGGCCAAGCCCAGCGCGCCCUACCACCAGCAGUCGCUGCAGUUUGUCCAGUAUGACCCGACGCUGCUGAGCCAGGGCCUGAGUCCACACAUGCUGGGCUCGCAGCUGCUGCCCCGCCAGCAGCCGGUCACGCCCACCAGCAGCUUCUACAGCGGCACGCAGACCUCGGCCUACUUCCAGGGCACUGGCUCCGUGCAGCAGCCGGCCGGCCAGGUGCAGUCGUUCGGCCUGCAGGGCGGCUUCAACAGCCUCGGCCAGUCGACACAGAACAUGAGCCUGGGCAUGCAGCAGCUGCGCGCCGCGGCUGGUCUGCAAAACACUGCCUGGAAGACGGAGAACGUCCGCAACCUGAUGACAAGUGGACUGAACAGCUCGCUGAUGGCUGGCUCGCGCGCGCAGGGCCCCGGUCUGCACCCGCUGUCGCCGAAGCCGGCCGGUCCACCGGGCGCUGUGGUUCAGUAUCCGCCGCCGCCGGCGGCUGCCACGGCGGCCGCCGCUGCCCUGGCCGUCCGCUCCCAGAUGAUGUCGCAGUUCCGCGGCGUAGGUGGCGCGCCCGGCGGCCCUACCGUCGCCGGCAUGCCGGCCGCGCCGCGCUACCAAAACCCCAUCCAGCGGCCGUCGGCCGGCCCGCCCGGCGGCGGUGGCGGCGGCGGUGGCAGCAGUAGCAGCAGCAGCGGAGGAGGGGGCGGCGGCGGUGGCAGCAAGUCGCCACGCCAUGGCGCCGGGUCGCAGCGUCCCAACCCGAGCUCGGCUGAGCAGGCCAAGCUGCGAGAGGCGGCCCUGCAGUCGGCGCAGAGCUUCUUCCGCGGCGAGAACUCCGCCAGUCAGCAAGCGAGAUCGAACGUGUUCAGUGCACCGGACACGACACAUACUGAAGCGCGAUCCAAUGCAUUUGGGACAGACUCUUCUAAUACUGACGUCGGCAAGCCGCUGGAGACGUUGGGCGACACUGCGGCGGAGGCGGCCGCCGCACCUGAUCCGCCAGCCCCGACUCCGGUGAGCCGGCCGGCGGCGGCGUCCCCUGUCGUCAGCCAGGAGUCGGGCGCCGGCGAGCCCCUCCUCAGCAUGUGA